AUCCCAGCGCUGCUGGUUCUGACUGCUCCAUCAUCGCCUCUCGCCGCCGUACAGCCUACUUCUUCUUCGCAGAGAGAGCUGACUUGAUGCGCAUAAUAAAUCAUCACUGCAAGAUUCCCUUUCCAUCCCAGUUUCAGACCUCCGCGUGUUGGAUUUGAGAGCGUUAACACAGGCGAGAGUCGAGCCUCUAACUGGGGAUGUUUCAAAUGUGAUUUAGCACGGCAAACAACGUGGGUGUUGUGUGUGCGUGUGUGUGUGUUUUUUUUUUUUGGUGGGGAGUGGAGGAGAAGGGGGAGAGCAGCGAUAUGAAACCCGUGUGUUUAUGUCUCCUGCGUUAUCCGUUAUAUUUGACUGAUCACCAGAUUUUUCACCUGUAUAUACGACCUUGCGAUUGUGAGCGAAAUUUUUCAUAAAAGCGUUUCCAUGGAGGAUCAAUCUGUCGCUUUUUCCGUGAGGGCUGAAUUUGUUUUUUGCUGGUCUCAAGAUAUUUCAAGAUAAGAGGUCAAGCUCCCCUCUCGCAGAACAAGAGUGCCAUUUCAAAGCUUAUUGGAUGAAAGUCUCAUUUGCCCUUCGCUGCCAAAGAUGAUGUUGCCAUGGAAACAUCUUUUACUGUUAUCAAUCAUCAACUGUCUAGCAGAUUGUAUGGACAGUGGGUCAUACCAUGGUCCAAAAUGGAGGAUGGAGCCAGGUGACUUGUUCAUUCCUAUCGACUCCAUAGACGAAGAAGCUACUCUGACCUGUGAUGCAAAGGGAAUGCCACCUCCUCAGUACAGAUGGUCAUUGAAUGGGAGUCUCAUAAAUCUGAGCCUGGAUCGCCGGCGGCGUCUGUCUGGGGGCAACCUCAUUAUAAGCAGUCUGGACCGCUACCAGGAUGUAGGGAUGUACCAGUGCAUGGCGUUCAACACUGUAGGAGCUAUCCUCAGCAGGAGAGCAAGUCUGCAGUUUGCCUACCUGGAUCAUUUCAAAGUCCACACCAGAAGCGCAGUGUCUGUCCGUGAGGGGCAAGGAGUGGUGUUGCUUUGUGGAACGCCCACUUCCUCAGGAGAUCUUACGUAUGCAUGGGUCUUCAAUGAGUACCCGUACUUUGUUCAACAAGACAAUCGGCGUUUCGUUUCCCAGCAGACAGGAAACCUUUACAUUGCCAAGGUGGAGCCCUCUGAUGUGGGUAACUACACUUGUGUCGUGAUGAACAGCAUCACGAAGGGCAAAGUUCAGAGCUCACCCACGUCUCUGAUCCUCAGGACAGAUGGAGUGAUGGGUGAAUACGAGCCGAAAAUAGAAGUUAAUUUCCCAGACAAUGUACCCGCCGCAAAAGGAUCAACAGUUACGUUGGAGUGUUUCGCCCUUGGGAACCCUGUCCCUGAAAUCACCUGGAAGAGGGCUAACGGCGUUCCCUUCCCAAGCAAAGUCAAAAUGAAGUACUCAAAUGCUGUGCUGGAGAUCCCCAGCUUUCAGCAGGAUGAUACAGGAGGAUACGAGUGUGUGGCGGAGAACAAGAUGGGCAAGAACACAGCCACUGGUCGACUGGCCUUUUAUGCCAAGCCUCAGUGGAUGCAGGCCAUGAAGGACAUGGCCCAGGCCAUAGAGGAGAGAUUAUACUGGGAAUGCAGAGCCAAUGGCAAGCCCAAACCCUCCUACACAUGGCUGAAGAACGGCCAACAGCUACUCUCAGAGGACAGAAUCCAUGUGGAGGAUGGAGUACUGUCAGUGUCGGAGCUGACGCUAUCUGACGCCGGCAUGUACCAGUGUGUGGCAGAGAAUAAACACGGCGCAAUAUAUUUUGCUGCUGAACUACUGGUUUUAGCCUCUCCUCCAGACUUCACAGGGAACGUCCUCAGAGCUUUGCUCAAAGCCAAGGCAGGAACCACAGUGACUUUAGAGUGUAAACCCCAGGCCUAUCCCAUCGCCAGCAUUUUAUGGAAGAAAGGAAACCUGCCUAUCCACACCAAUGACAGAAUCACGCUUUCCCCAGAUGGAACAUUGAGGCUUGCCAAUGUGAGCAAGUCUGAUGCAGGCAGCUAUACUUGCUUCGCUAGGAAUAGAUUUGGCAUGUCAAGCACAACUGGACGGCUCCUCGUGACAGAUCCAACCAGAAUCACCCAGGGGCCAGUGGACAUGGAGAUCAUUGUGGGAGAAAGCAUUGUGUUACCCUGUCAGGUCGCCAGUGACCCCGUCCUGGACCUUUCUUUCUCCUGGGCCUUCAAUGGACAGCUCAUCGCCAAGGGAGACGGUCACUUUGAGCUAGUGGGUGGGAGAACAGCAGGAGAUCUGAUGAUCAGGAACAUUCAGCUUUACCAUGCCGGAAAAUAUAUCUGUGUGGUGGACACGGAUGUGGAGAGCCUGUCAGCCGUGGCUGUAUUGAUUGUCAAAGGCCCCCCCAGUCCUCCAGACGCUGUGACGGUGGAGGAGGUGACAGACAGUACAGCCCAACUGGCCUGGAGUCCCGGCAGAGACAACGGCAGCCCCAUCACCAAUUACCUUAUCCAGAACAGGACUCCUUUCACUGUGGGCUGGCAGAGGGUUAACACAGUCCCUGAGAUUAUCGAUGGCAACACACUGACAGCCACUGUAGUGGAUCUCAAUGCCUGGGUAGAGUAUGAGUUUCGGGUUUUAGCCAAAAACAGUGUUGGGGUUGGAGAACCUAGCCCUGUGUCAGUCAAGACCAGAACAGAGGACGCAGUUCCUGAUGCAGCGCCAGGUGACGUGGGUGGAGGAGGUGGAAGCAGAUCAGAACUGGUCAUCACAUGGGAGCCUGUCCCUGAAGAACUACAAAAUGGUGAGAGCUUUGGUUACAUCAUUGCUUUCCGCGCAUUCGGAGAAGUUAGCUGGACUCACGUGGCCACCUCUGCCCCCGGUGCAUCGCGCUACGUGUACCGCAACGACAGCAUCGCGCCCUUCUCUCCAUUUCAUGUCAAGGUUGGCACUUACAACAGCAAAGGACAGGGUCCCUUUAGCCCCGUGAUCACCAUCUACUCUGCAGAAAUAGAACCAAGCGGGAUGCCAGCGGGAGUUUGGGCCAGAAGUGUCUCAGCCUCUGAGAUUGAGGUGAAUUGGCAGGCUCUUUCCUUCACCCCUGAAAGGGUUCUGGGCUAUGAGGUGGUAUACUGGGAAGAUGACACUAAACCAGAGACCAUGGGAAAGGUUAGGGUGCCUUGGAACCAAACCUUGGUCACAAUGAGUGGCUUGGUGGGAAACACGCAGUAUUUCUUAACAGUCAGCGCCUUCAACACAGCGGGCACUGGUCCCUUCCUUCCUGCAAUCAAUGUUACUACGAAAAAGCCACCACCAGCCCAACCACCACUGAAUGUCGAAUGGACCCUAAUUGGCUCUCAGCUGUCUCUUUACUGGGAACCUGUGGUGGCAAUGGAAUCAGAGUCAGAAGUUACAGGCUACCAACUGUCAUACAGGAGACAGAGGCACAAAGAGGUUAACACACUCACAACAACCAAUUCCACAGCAGAGCUGACCCUCCUCGAGGAGGAGGAUGACUACUUCAUCCACAUUCGGACGAUGAGUGAAGGAGGGCUGGGCCCGGCCUCAGAUCCCAUACAAAUCCACCAACUAAGUAUGAGUGCCCGCGGCUCGAGAGCCUGGAGUGCAGACAUCUCCUCCCUCUCCCUGCUGCUUGCCAUCGCAAUAUCAACAUUCAGGUUUACGUGACACAAAGACAAACCCUGCUCUGUUUUUCAACCUUAUUAUUGGUAUUUUUUCUUUAAUGGAUUUGUGAAAGUUGCUGAGUUAUUUCUCGCUCUCAUUUUUGGAGGUGACCGCAUACUAUUUUGCAGUGUUAGAUUGCAGGUAUGUGGAAGCACACGACUGGAGCGUACUGUCAGGCACUUAAUUAACAGUAAAUGCUUGAGCUUUUUUUUUUUACGUAGGUCUGACAUUUUUGCCGGUUGGAACAAUGCUUCAUUUCAACUCUUUUUUUCAACUCCAGAUUGAUACAGAUGCCUUACUUCCAUCCAUGUGCCAAAGUAGUUUGUUGUUGUUGUUAUUGCUCAAAUAGCUACAUGCUUUCCUCAACAUUGUAUUCCUCACAGUUUCUUAUAAUUCAAGGUCUGAGUGAACCUUGCAGAGGGCCGUGAUGAGAAGUAAUAUUUUGUAUUUUUGAAUAUUUUCAGUUUUCCUCUCCACAUCUGUAUUGGUGAGUAGGAACAUGUUCAUUCACCUGUGGCCGUGCCUUUGGAGAUUCUUGUAACGCUGUCACUUACACUAGUCAGUGAUGCUCCGUGUUUCAGAACAUACUGCAGCCGCCUUCAUCUUUACAGUACGUGUUCCAUUAAAAUGAAACCCAUAAAACAGCUCACAGUGCCAGUGUUGGCCAUUUACCUUUUAUUUAUUUGAUUGUGGAGAAAUGAAUGUGUACCAUGAGGGCUCUUACAGAUUUAAAUGCCUCAGACCAGUUAUUGUGAUAGCCUGCUGAUUGAUGGAUUGGACUUUACUCUACAUUCUUGAAGAUACAUCUGCCUGUAUACAGCAGUAGUGGGAGAGUUAUAUGACUGCCGGUGUAUUUCUUUCAACACUAAUGCUGAAACAAUCAGUCAGUCAACAGAAAUUAAUUAUCAAGUCAUUUAAGUCAUUUAUCAAGGAAAAAAUGCUAAACAUACCCAACAAGAUGUGCUUUCAAUUGCAAUACAUUUGCCUCCACAGAAUCCAACGGGGAGUAUUAUCCUGCUUUAUACCAUGGCCACAUGACAAUAAACUGCUAUAUGUCAACAAAAAAAUAUUAUUUAGUCAUUCAGUUACUUAUAUAACAAUAUUUUAUUUAACUUUUCUGUUUUUACAGUAAUAACAAUAAUUAUUCUGAGUUUAAUUAUCACAUCCAUGACACCCCUCGCUGUAAUGGCUGGCUUUUCAUCAUUUGGAACAGUUAUAAACACUUUUGCAUUUCAAUGUACUGUAAGCAUAUUUCCCAAAAUGUGGAACCAUUCCUUAAAAUUGUUUUGACCAAUUGCACUCAAAUGAUUUUUUUUAUUAUAUAGCCUUUGUCCAUGGGGUGCACGCUAUACCAGGUGACCUACCCAGACUCCCCAGUUUAAUACUUUUUGAGCAUGAAAAUGUAUUUACUAGCUUUCAGCCUCAUCUAUAUCAGCAAACAGAGCAUUCUCAGUAGCCAUGGAUUAUCACAUGAAGUGAGUAAACUCCAUUUGCUGGUGAAAACUGAGAUGUGAUUUAUAAAUUAAUCUCAAAAUAUUAAAGGGGCAAUAUGUAAUAUUGACAGCUAGUGUUUAAAAUAGUUACUGCAGUACAUAUUCAAAAUACUGGACUCAAAAGUUCAGUUGCCAGGCUGAGACCGCAGCAUCCAUAGUCUCGUUUUGCCAGACCCUCCUCCAAAGCUCGCUGAAGGAGCAUCCACAACAAUGUUGCUAGACACUUGCCUCACAUGGCCAGACGUGACACAGCACAACGGAGUAGCUAACGUUAGAUGCUGGCUACAUUGACAGUCAUAGAAGCCCGUGCUCACGCGGAGUUCUGUAACCAACUGACACUCUUUUUUGACUUAGAAUUACAGUAGAAACCGCUAAAAACACAACAUCCUCGCCGUCCUCUCCUCCCGACAGACAGACACACUUCCAAGGCUAAGAAUUACGGAAAGAACCACUAAAAAUUCCACUACCUUGCUGUCCUCUCCACCAGACUGAAAUACACACUUGUUUGGCUUAGAAUUACGGCAACAAUCGCUAAACACACUGCAAACUCACAGCACUCUUUUCCCAAUUUAAAGCCGCCUUCUAUUGACUUAAAAUAACUCACUGCUGCUACGGCUGCUAAACAGGCUAUUCGUUGUAAAUAGCCGUGGCCUCCGGUAACGUUAGCAGGGUUAACAUGGCAGUGUUAGCCAGGACCAGUCGCGAUCACUUUCACUCUCCUUUUGGUUUUGCGAGUAACAAACUCGAGUACUCUAGCAAUAUAAUUUAAUGUGAGAAUGUUAAAAUUACAAUUACUGUCCCUUGUAGCAGUGAUAAUUUAGCCUGAAGCUAAUCCUUAGCUACCUGUUCAGGAGGAAUUAGCCAAAUCUGCGUCUUUUUGGGCUCUAAGCUGUCUCCAUCUUUCAAGUAAAUCUCCAAUAUUUACUCAGGGUUUUUAACAUCUCUGGUGACACGGCUGUUUUUUUUAGGUUAGGUAGAAUUUAUCUACGUUGAUAUCGUUCGUUUGUGUGUUGCUUUCAUGGCUGUACUAAUGUUACAGCUGUAGCGCGCUGGGUUUACGUUUUUAAAAGUAUAUCUGGCAACCCAGUCUGGCUGACAAACUGGGCAGUUGAUAACAGCACAGAGGCCAAAACACAAACAGAAAUUCCAACACGGAACGGAAAUUUCAAAAGGAAAAAAUACUGGCAUUAGCAUUGUUGUAAGAAAAGAUAGCAUUUCAACUUAGCAUGGGGUCAUUUUUGUAUUUAUUACAGUAAAUAUAUUACAUAUUGGACCUUUAAAUUGACCUUGAGUUAGGAUUAAUUUUUGUCAAAUCCAUUUAUUACUAGUGCAUUAAUUUAUAAUAGCAAACAAACAUCUGUGCCACAAGUGUCUGGUUACCAGACAUAAAGUGACACCUGCCAGCCAAUCAGGAUCUAGAAUUCUCAGUGGCCAUGGUAUCCAUAGAUAUAAAACAAUUGUUUUUUGGAUUGUUUUAUAUCUAUGAUGGUGUCCGUGUUAUUGUAUAUUUGGGUUUUGGACUGUUGGUAAGACAAAACAACACAUACAUUUGAAAACAGCAUCUUGGGCUUUGGGUAGUUAUGAUGUGUAUUUCUUUUAAAUUUUCUGACAUUUUGUAGACUGAUUGAUCAAUAAAUAAUAAUUAGUUGGAGCCCUAUAGUAGUCUACAUCCAUCUGGGCAACACACAGUAGUCUUACCAGUCAACGUGCACAAUCAGCCGUUGCAGUUGAGACGAGAGGUUUAAGUGCUGCCAAUUGUGCCAGUCUGACAAUUGAAAUCUAGCCACCAGCUUAGACAUUAUUUGGCAAAAUGUAUGGUCAGCUGUGUUUUAAUACUUUGUAAAUCUGUCCUUUCUUGUCAGUUGUAUUGGCUUUUUUAUGUGGUAAGUGUUGGCUUUGUUAAUUUAAUGUAUUUCAGCAAAACCCCACUGCUCAGGUAUUCAGACCUGCUUCACCCUACCUUUCAAUAGCCCUAAAGUGGCAGGAGCAGAUAGAUCUGUAAUCUGUCAGCACACAACGCAAGGGUCUAUUUAACAGUCUGACUUGACGAAUGGAAAGCCUGAUAUGCGCCAUGAUUUAGAAGACAUUUAAACAUCUUAAUGAAUUAGAGCAGGCCUGAGGGGCUUUUGUGGGAAAGGGCAUAGGAGUAAUGGUACUAAUGACACCCACACAAGACUAAUGUAUCAGGAUUUAGGGAGGAGUAAAUCAGGACAAUCCCAUCAAGAUGACACCAGGAAGAUUCAAGGGUGCAUGUGUGUGUGUGGUUAUUACCUUACCCUACGGUGUCAUGGACAGCUGUUUUCAAGAAGACUAUUCUGCUGUUUGUGUGUGUGUGGGGGGGGGAAUGUUUUAAACUCAUUUAGCUGUGGUUCAGGGCUUUGGGCAACUGAAUCAUUGGGGACAUUCAAAUAGAGUAAGACAAGGUCAAUAUAGGAAGUAGAAAAACAAGUUUAAUGUCUGUUUCUCUAUCAAAUUACCAUGGAUUUCCAGUUCAAAGGAACACAUUGGGAAAAAAGCUCAUGAAUUCAAGGCCAGGUCAUGGAACAAGUUUGUAUUAAAUGUGAAGACAAAAAGGCUUUCUUCCCACGAUGAGUGUUGAUAUCUUUCUGAAAGCAGUCUUUGAAUCCUGUUUUGUUGUUUUUGUGGCUUUACAUGUGGUUAAUCUGUAUACAUUCUUUCAUCACAGAAUGUCAUUGUUAAGCAAACAAAUGUUUACACAGGAAAUGCAUCUUUAUGGCUGAUUUAUUGAUUACAUGAACUGAAAAAAGACCCCAUUACGCAGUUUAUUAACUUGUUUUUGGGUACAUAGAAGCAUUGCCAAUCUCUUUUGUAACGUAUCAGUACUGUGGAGAUGUUUUGAUUUUGACUUUCUCUUUUUUUAAUGUUUGAUGGGUUCCUGGUUGUUUUAUUUUGUUUCUUCGAAAAAUGCUGCACAAAGGUCAAGUGUUGCUUUAAAAUAACAAUUAAGAGCCAGUGUGAGGACAUUUAUUUUGCCUUCAUACAGUAAACUGUACAUACUGUAUGGAUUUUGUUGUGAUUUGAAGCAACGCCCCCAAAUGGGAGACCGAACUGUGGUGUCCUACUUCCAAUUGUAAUUCUCUGUCAAACCCAGAAUCUAAAAAAUAGAUGAGCAGAAAAAAAAACAUUUCUUCGCAGCUGCUAUCACACACAGCCUUUUGGUGCAAUGACACACACAAAUACUACCUGUUACAAGGUAGUCGGCCAGUGCACAGUAGAUAAUACAAGUUGUAUUAUCUACUAGUACUUUUUCUCUUUUUAUACCAAUACAAAUUUACAAAAAAUACAAAUAACAAUUUUCUUGCUACUUUCAAGAUCAGGAACAACAGAAUUAUUCAGAAAUAAAUGAGUUGCCCAAAACAGUGUAAUUCCAUGAAGAUAGAUAAAGAAAUAAAAUUAGAGCUCUGGGUGACAACGCUUGGCCUUUCUGUUGUAACUCCUCAGUAUUUUGAUGUCCGGUGAUCUCUGUGAGAUCGUGGCAGUAACAUUUUCACAUUGAAAAGUCAUCAGCUGAUCUUGAUAUGCUGAAGCUGUGCAUGUACGAUAUUGUUUGGUGCAUUUGUGUUUUCUAAAUGAGGGAGUUAAUAAAAACAAUUC